AUGGUGGUGGAGUUCCACAUGCCAGAGGAAGCACACUUUGCCCUGCAAGGCAUUUACUAUGUCUUUGCCGUCAUCACGCUGGUCGCCAACCUCAGAUGUGUGGCCAUGACCACGUGCAUCACAGUGAUGGGAACUGGAUUGGCCUUACGGGGCCCAGACGGCUCCAUGGUGCGUGCUGUUGAAGGGAUGUACAAGCAGAGAGCCAUCGUUUUUAGGUCCUUCGGCGCCGGCAUUGUCUCUUGUUGCCUCAGCGUGGCGGUGAUCGCUUGGAUCAAGAUGGACGCCAUCCCUGCUGCCAUUUGCACUGGCGCCAUUGCAUGGACACUAUUUUCAAUAGCAAAGUACACUAAUUUCUACAUGGAGUUCUUCAAAUUCAAUGAGGAUGAGGUGGUCAGCUUGGAUGACAUUCUGGGAGCAGAUCUGGUGAACAAGGAAGCCAUCGUCAAGCAGCUGGGCGUUGGCAGCGACACUUUGGUGCGGCUGCUGGGCUCAUUGACCCAGACCCGGCGAGAACACACGCCGGACACGGACGUCUGA